CAUCAGUAGAGGGAGGCGUUGACUCAAGCUAACCGCUGCUGCCGCUGCAUGAACCUUCCGUGAUCUCUGCACACUGUUACUGAGCCAAAAGGCACAGAAAUGUCGGGGAAGAGUUUUCGUGUCAGCGACGGGGACUGGAUUUGUCCCGAUAAAAAAUGUGGUAAUGUGAACUUCGCUAGAAGAACGAGUUGCAACAGAUGUGGCAGAGAGAAAACCACAGAGGCCAAGAUGAUGAAAGCAGGAGGAACAGAAAUUGGCAAAACUCUGGCUGAGAAGAGCAGAGGCCUCUUCAGCGCAAAUGAUUGGCAGUGUAAAACAUGUGGCAAUGUGAACUGGGCUAGGCGAUCAGAGUGCAACAUGUGUAACACUCCUAAGUACGCCAAGCUGGAAGAAAGAACAGGUUAUGGUGGAGGGUUCAAUGAAAGGGAAAAUGUGGAAUACAUCGAACGGGAGGAAUCUGAUGGUGAAUAUGAUGAGUUUGGUAGAAAAAAGAAAAAAUAUCGUGGGAAGAGCAACAGCUCAAGUUCAGCAAAAGAAAGUGAAAAGAAAGAAGUGCCAAAAGAAGAAGAUGAGGAAGAAGAUGAGGAGGAGGAGGAUGAUGGUGACCUGUCAAAAUACAAACUGGAUGAUGAUGAGGACGAUGAAGAUGGAGAUCUGUCAAAGUAUGAUCUCAAUGCCAGUGAUGAGGAUGAAAAGCCAGCCAAGAAGAGUGGCAGCCACUCCGGUUCCUCGCGCUCUACCUCGCGCUCUUCUAGCUCCACCUCUCGGUCGAGGUCCAGGUCCCGUUCUAGAAGUACUUCCAGUUCCAGAUCUGGAUCUCGUUCGAGAUCUCACUCCAGAUCGAGCUCCAGGUCUGGGAAGGGCUCCUCUCCCCAGAAGAGGUCCCGCUCACCGUCCUCCUCACCAGAGAGGAGACAAAAGCGAAGUCGCUCCAGGUCUUCAUCUGGAGGAAGAAAACGAAGACGCUCUAGAUCACAUUCGUCCGAAAGGUUUGGGUUUCUGUGGAAUACCACAAUGGCACUGAUUAUAAUUAGACCUCUGUUGGAUCGCUUACGGGAGAUCAGAUUUACAAACUUAUGCUCACUUUUUGCCAUUGUGUAAUGGUUUUUAUAACAUCUGUUUACCUUGCUUCAUGUAUACACGAUGCGCCCAUGGCUGACUCUGCUGACCUUGUCGUUCUUCCCACGAUGUUUGUGUGAUUUCAGGCGCAGUGGCCAUUCGUCUGGAUCGUCUCUCUCUGGCUCCAGUUCUAAAAAGAAAUAGCUUUCUUACAGCCUCAUAAACCAGUAAAGUUUAGUGGAAGUGCAUGUCGUGUUGCAAACACAACCACCAUACACCUUCAGUAUGCUCUUCAUUGUUAUAACCUCUCAAAAGUCUUACUUCUAAGCAUCAAGAAAAAAAGGCAACAUGAAAUCACCCUGUCAUUACGUAUGUGCUCCCUUUUUUAAAAAAAAAAAAACAACACAUAUCUGGAGUGUUUGUAACUAUUGA